AUGGUGGAGACGCUGACCGUCGCCGUCCUGGGGGCCCCCAAAGUAGGCAAGACAGCCAUCAUCCGCCAAUUCUUGUACCACGACUUCACAGAGAAGUACAGACCCACGGAGGACCGUUACAUCUACCGGCCGUCGGUCAUGCUGAAUGGGAACUCCUACGACCUGAAAAUCAUGGACGUCCCUUACGUGGCAGCUUUUCCUGCCAACAGUUCUCAGGAAUGGUCAGAUCUGAAGUGCUGGGGCUUGCGAAACACGGAUGCCUACAUUCUAGUGUACGACAUCUGCAGUCCAGAGAGCUUUGAAUAUGUGAAAAUGCUCCGCCAGCAGAUCCAGGACAACAGGACAAGCAACAUCGGCGAAGCCCCCGUCAUCAUCGUGGGGAGCAAGAGGGACCUGCAACGCCAGCGGUUCACGCCCCGCCGGACACUCUCCCUGCUCGUGAAAAAGACCUGGAAAUGUGGCUACAUGGAGUGCUCGGCCAAAUACAACUGGCACAUCGUCCUGCUGUUCAAAGAGCUGCUGUGCUGCGCUGUGGCCCACGGUUGUAAGAGCAACCACUCAGCCGUGCGCCUCCAGGGGGCGCUGCACAGAAACAGGUGCAGCCUCAUGUGA